GACUGCACCGAUUCACGACUCGCACUGAAACGGUCAAAAGACUGAGCACUCACCCCAUUUUCGCUCUUAUUCACCCGAUCAUCAACUUUAAGAGCUGUUGUCACAAGAUCUUGUGGAUCUUUGCUGCACUUCCCACCUGCUCUCAGCGUGUGUUUGUAAAAGCCAGCGGCUCUCUCAGUCUGAGCGGAGAAACAUCUGGAAACAUCUAAAGCCGGACUGGAAGAUUGAACUAAGUUUGCUAUAUUUUGAACUUGGAUUUUUGUUUGAAGAUACAUUAAAGGCCUGACACAGAAAAUCACUUCUUCAGGACUUCAAUGGCAGAAUCAUCAGAGUUUGUGUAUUUGCCACGUGCUACAAAGAAAAUGUUUCCCAGGAAACGGCAAAAGAUAACUGAGGAUGUCAGGCCCUUUUUGGGGAAGAAAAUUGGCAGUCCUGGUCCUGACAGCCGCAGAGUGAGCACGCAGGCACAGGGAGCUCCAGCCUCUCGGACUGCUACACCUCAUCCAGUGACAAUGAAGGAAGAGAAUGGUGAUGCCUAUAAGGAACCACAUGAACAUCAGUUCAGAGUGAAGUUCAGUUCUGAUGAGAUAUACACCAUUGACUGUGUUCAACCCUGCACAGUGCUGGAGGCCAUAAAACCCUUAAAAAAAUUUAAGAAGAUGGUUAAGGGUGCUGAUGGAAAUGUUAUCAUUCAGAUGGGUACAGGAGACGACGAAUCAAUUGUUCCAACACAUUUCCCGUGUUCUUGUGUGGGGGAUCAUGAGGUUCUGACCAUUUCAUGUAAAGCAGAAAAAGUAGAAUCGGCUCAGGUCCAAGAUUCCAAAAUAGUACAUCCAAGAGAUGCCUAUUCUGUCUUUUACAUUGAUACAAAGGGAGGACUAAAUGCCAAAAAAAAAAAGCUUUUUAAAAGUGGCACUUUAAAACAGUUCAGGUAUCUCUGUGUUUACGGAGAGAAGGGGAUAACUGUGGCGGAGGCUCUAAAAAGAGAUGGCCGCUUCACUGAUGACCUGGGCUACUUUGAGCUGGUUAACAUCAAUGACAAAUGUAAGACUGAGUGCACAGACAGAAUUGAUAAUCUGGAAAAUAAGAAAUUCCAGAUAUGUCUUCCACGAGGAGCAAAUACUGAAGCAAAAGAAUUAAAUCAACAGGCUGACCAUGUGCAACUCAAACAGCGAAAACCAAAACAAGCAACAAAUAAUGCACAACGAAAGACAGAAAUAAGAUUAAUCUUAAAUGUAGCACAGCGGACAGGAAUCAGUCUAAAAAGAGCAGCCAAAGAAAGCGGCAGCAGCAUUGAGAACAUUUAUGAACUACUGCGUGCCCAGUGUCCACCUCUGAAACAACACAUGGAAAGUAGAUUCCCUGGGAAUUCUUUACAGGAAGCAUUUAACCUGAGGAAGGAGAACUUUGGAAAGAUCCAGGAAUCUUUUAGUGAAAUUCACAAAGUCAGGGAGCUGCUAGAGCUGAGCAAGUCAGUUUGUCUCAUAACUGGUUCCUCCAUAAAGCAGGGCACAGGCUUUGUGCUUUUUGACAACUAUGUCUUGACGAAUGCCCACUUAUUUGAAGACUGGGUUCAAUCAAAAUUACCUAAUUGUCAUGAAUCUGUAAACGUUACUGCUGUCUUUAACUUCGAAAAACACGAAUCAGAGAAGAACAAGAUUAAUGCCAAGGUGUUUUUUGGCAACAAGAAGUUUGAUUAUGUCAUACUUAAGCUAGAAACGGAGGAAGUGCCACCAGGGCUCCUCAAGAGAUUUGGACCUGUACCUUCAGACGGUGAGGCCUGUAUCGUUGGACACCCAGGAGGAGGAGUGAAAAAAAUGGAUCCUAUAUGUAUCAUUGAGAAAGACAGACGAGAGGAGGCUGUUAAUAAAAAUUGUGAGGACAUCAAGGAACAUUUCAUCACUAUUUAUGCAGUCAAUCAGGUGAUCAAAAAUGACCCAUAUGAAAAUAUCUAUUUGAAUUACAAAUCUAAAAUGUAUCAUGGCUCUUCUGGCUCCCCAGUUUUCGAUGGUCAUGGACGAGUGUUUGGUUUGCACACUGGUGGAUAUUUCUUUGGGUUUCUGAAGCCUAAUCAGAGUGUGCUCGAGUAUGCCUUUCCUCUGCUCACUCUAUUUGAAAACUUAGUGGAUAAUCUGAAGAAAGAGGGCUAUGGGGAGGUGGUGGAAAGAGUUGAGGAGGAGGCAAAGGGAAAUCCACACCUAGAAAACAUUAUUGCAUCUUUUGUGGGGUCAAAGCAAGACAUACCUGAGGCACUGUUGGAAGAAUGCUCAGAUAAAAUGGAGUGGGACUGAAAUACUCGAGGCUGAGCCAAAACAGAUUCUGAGGAGUCAAUGGAGCUUAGUUAGGUAGCCAGAUCUAAAAAUCCUCCAGCAAGAGGGGAAACAUAUAUAGUUAUAAAGAGACUGAAUGAUUAUAGUAAUUAGAAAUCAUAAAAUUCUACCUUCUGUUUUGUACAUACCAGAGUAUUUUUCUCCCUGAAGGCAGUGUGUAUCCAAUUGGUUCAGGUUGUCUGUCUGUCUGUUAACAUCUACAGCUUUUAAGAUAUGAUGUUGUGUAAUGUCUUGUGAAAAUUAUGUCAAGGUCACAUCAAAUGUGCAAAAUCAGUAAAAACUUUCAUUUUUUUCACACCUACUUUUGGUUUUUAAUUCUGUUUUCUUUUACUUUUCUACUUUGUGGAAUAAUAGUGAACUUUAUUACCACAGGAUAUUUUAAUAGUAAAGUACCCUGUUUGUAUGCCCUGAAGUAUUUUUGAGCACUGACCAAUUUCUUUUGUUUGUUUUGUGUUUGUUUUUUUCGCUCAGCUGCUACAUUAUUCAUUCAUUUUAUUUCCUUCUGUACCACAUACCGUAUUUUUCAGACUAUAAGGAGCACAUAAAAUCCUUUAAUUUUCUCAAAAAUCAACAGUGCGCCUUAUGGUCCGAAAAAUACGAUACAGGUUCUGUGCAAAAAUUCCUUUAUAUGUUGCUUCCAAUA